AUGUUACAAGGUAUUCAAUCUAUUUGUAUUACUACUAACUUAUGGUUAUUACGCAAUGAUGAACUAUAUAUUGGUAUUACAGCUGGAUUGUUAGAUCCUAUUGACUGGUCACUCAAAGAAGCUUUAUUAGCAUGUGAAAAAAUUGAUGGAAAACAUACUAGAGAAAACAUUCAAAAUGCUAUAGAACAAAUAAUUGGAAAAUUUCAGCUUAAACAAAAAUUAUUUGUUGCUACCACAAAUAAUAGUCCUAAUGAAGUAAAAGCUAUUCGAUUAAUGGAAAUAUUACACAUACUAUGUUGUGCUCAUACCCUUCAUCUUAGUUCCUAA